UGAAGGAAUGCCACAAAGGCCCAACUCUCCGCUCAGAGAGGAGCCCCUAGACGGAGAAAGAGGGGGAAAUCAUGAUUAACCUAUGCAGAGAUGUCCAGGAAUGCACCCUCCCAAGCUGGAAGGUGGAGCCAAAGUACUCGACCAAAGUGCUGAUUGGAAACUGGGGAGAGGAGAGGAGGAGGUUUGUUCGUGAUAAUGAGGGGACCGGUCAAAGCACCUUCCAACAAGAUUUUGUUCCUUUCCCCACUGGGACCCCGGAUCGAACCGUGAUGCGGAGGCUUAUGAAGCGGCUGGAAGGCCUGCCAAGGAAGUAUAUCUUGACCCACUGUGAAGAGGCCAGGCAUCAGCACCUGGUCUCGCAGUACGACGACCAAUACAACAGACACGGCCACAACCCCCAGCUGCCUCCACUCCGCAAAUGGCACAGGCACAAACUGGCAUGGACGCCAGAGAAAUCAGACUAUCCCCUCGUUGAGCCCCCAACCAACUAUGGGCUUGUGGAGCACCUGAUGAAAGCCUGGCAUCGCAAAGAGACGGAAGUGGCCCAGACCGUCUACCACAGCUCCUACCCCAAGCCUCCCGCCUCGGCCUACGCCCCUCGCCAGCGGCCAGACACCAGGCGCAUCCUGGAGCAGAGCCGCCAGCAGUGGCUGCCCAGAAGCCUGGAUGCUCCUGCCUGAGAGAAGGGCGGGAGCCUCGCAGGGCGGCUCCUCCAGCCAAGCGGACGGGGGCAUUCUUCUCUGAGAGGAAGGUGCAGGGGAAGCACCGGCGGCCACGGGCUUCUUGCGGAGAUAAAAGGGAGCUGGAUUUACGUGAGGGAACGGGAGCCAUAAACCACAAAUCAAAACCUUGUUGCAUCAGCACAGCUUUCCCACAAGCCACCCGGUUAAGAGGAGGAUACGAGGAGGAGGAGGAGUUCAAAGAACGGCCGGCAUCCGUUCAGGAUUUAAUGCUUUCCUAGCUCAACCACAAUUCCAGGGACAUAGAAAAUGGAGUAAAGUUUGCACGGAUUUCCGCUGAGAAGGGCUUCAGAGAACCUUGUGGUCACUUGUGGCUUUGAGCUCCCUCUCACUCCC